CCCGAUGUGUUGUGGGAGCUGAUGGAGGCGCGAUGGCUCCGUUUCCCGAUGAGGUGGAUGUUUUUACCGGGCCGCACUGGCGCAUGAAGCAGCUGGUGGGGCUCUACAGCGAAAAGCUGUCGAACACCAACUUCUCCAACGACAGAGAUUUCCGCUCGUUUCUGCAGUCGCUGCUCGCGACAUUCAAGGAGUUCAAGAUGCACGAGCAGAUUGAGAACGAAUGCAUCAUCGCACUGCUGCAGCAGCGCAGUCACAUGGUGUACCACGUGCACGCCGACAACAAGCUCUCCGAGAUGCUGUCACUCUUCGAGAAGGGACUCUGCAGUGUUAAGAGCGAGUAUGAGCAGCUGAAUUAUGCGCAACAGCUGAAGGAGCGUUUAGAGGCGUUCACUCAGGAUUUCCUUCCUCACAUGAAGGAGGAAGAAGAGGUUUAUCAGCCGAUGUUGAUGGAGUAUUUCACAUAUGAGGAGCUGAAAGACAUUAAGAGGCAGGUAAUACAGCAGCACUGCUGUAAUCAGUCCUGGAGCUCUGCAGCUGAUGUGUUGAAGGGAUUGAACCUGUGGAGUCAAGCUGAGGAGCUGCACAAGGCCUUCAAAUACUCCGACCACGAGAAGACUGAAGACGCAGAGCAGGACGGCGACCGCGUGUCCAUCUCUGCGCUGCCUCAGGAGGUGCUGUUGAGGGUUUUUUGGUAUCUGAGUCCAGUGGAUCUGUGUCGAUGUUGGCAGGUGUGCAGUAUCUGGGCGCAGGUGGCCAAGACGGGCUCACUUUGGAGACAUCUGUAUCCUGUACGCUGGGCCAGAUGUGACUAUUACUGUGGUCCUCCGGGUGAGCUGGACCAGGAGCCGGAUGAGGAAUGGGUGAAGAGUCUCCAGAACGAAGGACGUGCCUAUCAGGAGUGGGACGAAGAUGCAGAUGUGGACGAAUCAGAGGAAGCAUCAGAGGAUUCUCCAGCCAUCAGUGCGGUCCAAAGAGAAAAGAAACUGCUCAAUGGAAUAAUCCAGAACCUUCUACCCACCGUUGGCCCGUCCGUGCGCUCUCUCAGCCUGGCAUACAGCUCGGCCGUCUCCAGUAAGAUGGUGCGACAGAUCCUCAGUUUCUGCCCGAAUCUGACUCACCUGGACCUCACGCAGACUGACGUCUGUGACUCCGCCUUUGACAGUUGGGCGGAGUUUGGGAUGUGUCGUUCUCUUGAGCACCUCGAUCUGUCAGGCUGUGACAAAACCACCGACCGCACGCUGAAGUUACUGUCACUUGGUUUGGGCGAUUUAACGGAAUCCACAUAUUCUAAGAACAGCUCCGAUCACAGAUCCAGGCUGCUGAAAUCCCUGCCCUCUCCAAUCAAACUACAGAAUGAGCAUUCUCUUCCACCAAUGGGACGCAGCUGCCAGGAUCUUAUUUUCAAGCGAAGGCCAGGUGGGCGUGGCUCAGGCUGUGGUCCCGCCCACGUGUGGGUUCUCGAUCCCAUUGAACUCGCCGACAUUGAAGAUGCAGCCGAUUGGAGCAAGCGAGGGGGUGUGUCUGCUCAGGAAAGUGGGCGGGGUGUUUUUUUUGAGCUGCAGGAAGGUGGCGGAUCUUGCUGCUGUAGGAGAAGCCGGAGGCGGGGCUUACGGACUGGUAUUAGCUCCGCCCACUGGCAGUAUGGCUCGAUAGGAGAUGCGCGCUGUGGUCACUCCACCUGCUGUACGUCGGAUAAGGCGCUCUGGACUGUAAGAGAGGCGCAGUGUGACCUCCAGGCCACAGGGGGCAGUGUAGAUUUUCGGACUAAAUGCUCAUUUGAGGGCAGCUCUUGCCCCGGGCAUUACAACAGGACUGACCAAUCAGGAGCCUGUAGGGCACUCAAGUUCCUCAGCCUGUCAGGAUGCUAUCAGGUCACGGAUCUCGGCCUGAGGUGUCUGUCUCGUCGUGGAGGGCUCCCCCUGCUGGAACAUCUGAAUCUGUCGGGCUGUCUGCUCAUCACAGGGGCGGGGCUUAACGAGCUGGUGUCUGUUUGCCCCGCCCUCAACAUCGAGCACUUUUACUACUGCGAUAAUAUUAAUGGUCCUCAUGCUGACACGGCCAGUGGAUGUCAGAACCUACAGUGUGGCUUCAGAGUGUGUUGUCGAUCUGGAGAGUGAUGCCCUUUCCUCUUUAUUUAUCUCUAUUUACUCUCCGUUCUCUCUCUGUCUGUCAUAAUGUGCACUUUAAUCGAGAGGUCUGUUCAGGACGCUCUCUGAUGCAACAUUGUUUCCAUAAAAUUACAAACACUUCAAAUAAAGCAAGAGAAAUUCAGCUUUGUAAAUGCACCACCUCCAUUUCUGCCAGGUAUUAUUGUGAAGGAACAAUACUUGUAUGUAUAUUUGUAAAUAAUUCAGUUGCCUACAGGAUGUCUGUUCAUUCUCCUCUCAUUUUUUGGAAAUGCGAAGAGAGAUGCUCUUAAUCAAAGUUUCAGCGUGAAACCCGUCAAGAAGAAUAUGUCCAGGACAUAUUUCACCCUAGAAUAAAAAUAAAGAAAUAUUAAAUGAUAUUGUGCAUAAAGAAGAUGCAGCCCGUUUUUAAAGGAAUAUUCCAGGUUCAAUACAAGUUAAUCUCAAUCGACAGCAUUUGCGUCAUAAUGUUGAUUACCACAAAAAAUAAUUUUCGACUCAUCGCUCCUUUAAAAAAAGCACAAAUGUGUGUUCCAGUGAGUCACUAACAAUGGAAGUCAAUGGGGUCAAUCUGUAAACAUUAAAAUACUCACUGUUUCAAUAGUAUAGACACAAGACGUAAACAAUAUGUGUGUUAAUAUGAUUUUACUGUGGUGAAAUCACUCACUAACCACAUCUGUUUAAAGUCCAAUUUUACAACUACGUUGACAUGACAACGUAAUGUCAACAAACCCUAAAAUGACUAUAAAAAUGAUGAUUUAAACAACUUUACACAAGUUCUACAGAAGAAUGAAUGUAAGUGCUUUUAUAAAAUUAUACACUUCACAUUUCUGCCUUUAAACACUUUAAAAAUUGGCCCCCAUUGACUUCCAUUGUAAGUGCCUCACUGGAACACAGAUUUGUGAUUUUUUUUUACAUUUAUUUUAUUUUUAAAAGAAAUAAAGAGACGAGUCGAAAUAAUUUUUUGUGAUAAUCAACAUUGCCACAAAUGCUGUCGAUUGAGCUUAACUUUUAUUAAACCCGUUCAAGAUUUUUUGCAUUGUGAUGUCAUUUUUAUUUUUUAUUUUUAUCCCCUUUUCUCCCAAUUCCCACUACUUAGUAGCUCCUCGUGGUGGCACGGUUACUCACCUCAAUCCGGGUGGCGGAGGACAAGUCUCAGUUGCCUCCGCUUCUGAGACCAUCAAGCCGCACAUCUUAUCACAUGACUCGUUGUGCAUGACACCGCGGAGACUCACAGCAUGUGGAGGCUCAUGCUACUCUCCGCGAUCCACGCACAACUCACCACGCGCCCCAUUGAGAGCGAGAACCACUAAUCGUGACCAUGAGGAGGUUACCCCAUGUGACUCUACCCUCCCUAGCAACCAGGCCAAUUUGGUUGCUUAGGAGACCUGGCUGGAGUCACUCAGCACACCCUGGAUUCAAACUCAUGACUCCAGGGGUGAUAGUCAGCGUCAAUACUCGCUGAGAUACCCAGGCCCCAUAUUGUGAUGUUAUUUUGAUGACAAUUAAGCACUUGAAGUGUCAUUCAAAUUGCUGCAAUGCGAAAACAGCAAUGAUAUAUUAUUUAAUACCGAUAGUAUUUGUUGUACUGGUUUUACAUUUAUGUGGAUUUAAAUGAAAGAAUCAUUGCACAGCUGUAAUACACUACAAAAUAACUUUAUUAUAGUAAUGAGAUUCUAAUAAGAAUCAUUUGAAAAUAAUGUGAAUUACAAAUAAACCCCCUCGAAUGUGUAAAACAUCCGAAUGCAUUACAGUAAUGAGAAUUGGGGGGGAAAUGUGCUUAAUUGUCAUGAAAAUAAUGUUACAAUCUUUUAUUGGUCUUUAAAUAGGCAUAACUUUCUUUGUGCUAAAUGUUAUAUUUUUUCUUUGAUUUUGAUUUAAAAUAAGACCCGGACAUUCACCCUUUGAGUGCUUUAAGAUGUUAAGAAUCUCUUGUGAGGUGUUUUCUUUUUUUUCUUUCUUUAACCUGCAGAGUAUUUUUCCCAGGCGUGUUUAGAGGUGGGAGUGGGUUAUAAACUCCACAAGCAUCUCACUAUCAAGCUCCAUCGUGACUGAAUUGUUGCUUUGGGUUUGAUGUUAAUAUCACCCGCUUUGCUUCCCCAUGAGGACUAGUACUUACUUUAGAUAAGUUAAUAGGCUCUUAAGUUCAUGAGCUUGUGAAGUUGUAACCGAUGAUUUGUCAGAUAAUGCAGUGUUUUGGAGAACUAAUAACCAGAAACUGAAUUAAUCAUGUUCAUCUAGAGGUUUUACCUGACACUGAAAUGACUGCAUAGUUGCCAGAUAAUUAGUUACAGUUUUCCUCGCUAGCUUGAAUGAACAAGAAGACAUCAGUGAUUAAAGGAAUAUUCCGGCUUCAGUACAAGUUGAGCUCAGUUAACAGCAUUUGUGGCGUAAAAUUGAUCACCACCAAAAAUUACCUUGAUUCGCCCGUUUAUUUUUUAAAAGGCUGUUACAAUAGAAGUAAAUGGGGCCAGUCCGUAAACAUUAAAUUACUUACUGUUUUAAAAGUUUAGCCACAAGACAUGAACAACAUAAGUGUUUACAUGUCAUAGCAAUGAAGUUGUCAAAUUGGAUGUAACUUUACAUUGAUAAGGUUAGUAAGCGAUUUUCAGACACUAAAUGUAUAAUGUUUACGUUUACAGAUUCAUUUCCAUUGUAAGUGCCUCACUGUAAUGCAUUUUUUGUGGCAGUCAACAUUAUGCCACAAAAGCAGUCGAUUAAGCCUAACUUGUGUUGAACCCGGAAUAUUCCUUUAAACAUCUGGCAACCAGGUCGGAGUGCGAUUUGCUUUUGUUUGUCUUUUUGCACUGAAUUCAAGUAAAACUCUGAUUGGUUAAAAAAAGAGGUUGUUUGUGAACCUCAGUUAGUCCUGGAUAUAUUUAACUCUUGAAUUCUCCACACAUUCUUCUGAGUUUUUAGAUGCUGCAUGAUGUCUCUUGAGUUCAGUAGCUGACGAUUAAAAAGCAUCUUAAAAUAA